AUGUCUGACAAGCUGUCCUUCACAUAUCGUGUAACCGACGUGACGAUGCAAACGCGAAAUAUGAACUACCGAAAGGAGACAAUAGAAAUACCGAAGACAAACACGGCCAUGUGCACCCUCAUAUACCGCAAGUACGACUGCACAAAGUGCCAGCGCCGCGUCCGAGACGACAAGUGGAUCGAAGAGUGCGAUCGAGUCAGGGCCGGUCGUAAGGGUACAUGCGAGGCCAAGUUUGAGCACGAGACGAGCUACGUUCCCGCUGACGAGUGUAUCGUCUGUGAGAUGGAGAGGAGAAAGAGGGAGGAGGAAGAGGAAAAGCAGGCUGAGAAGGAUGCCAUGGAGCAGUCGGGGUGCAGUACAAGCUGA